AUGCAAGUCACUUUCGCCCUGUCAAAUUUGACAGGACGAGCAAAGAUUUGGGCCUUAGGGCUUAAGCUCUACGACCCAAACGUGUUUGAGUCGUUGGAAAUCUUGAAGUCUCGGCUUAAAGAGACGUUUGAUCCAUUGAGAGCCGAGUUCAGAGCGCUCUCUGCACUCUUGAGGCUCAAGGAAGGUAAGCGUGACGUGCAUGCUUACGCACAGCACUUGUGCUACCUCGAGAGUAGCGUUACGGAAAACCUCGUUGAUGAGCACACGCUCAUAAACGUGUUCAUCUACGGCCAUGUAGAUGGACCCGUGAAGACUUACAUGUUUCGAGAGGCCUUCCUUACGCAGGAAAAGUCGAUAGCGUAUGCGGAACAAGAAUACUUCAGCCUGAGACAGUUUCAGGCUAACUCGUCAAACUAUCGUCCGACGAGACGACAUGAAACAAGAGGUCCCGAACCGAAGGACCUCUGUUAUAUCGAGAGCGAGAACAAUCGCUCUCUGAGUCGCAAGAAACGGCAAGAUACCAUCGCUGUCAGAAGAUUGGACACUACGCUCAUGAGUGUAGUGUCCCGAGCACCACAACACGUCCAGAGACAGGAAGUGAUGAAAACCGUUGGCCAAGGAAAUGUCCGAGGCGUGGGUCCAAUAUGUCGCUAA